UUUUGUAUAAACACAGGAAGCUAAAAAUAACAAUGAUUAUAUUUAAAUGUAAAAAAGAAAAUCAAGGCCACAACUACCACAAGGAAAAGAUAUCCAUAUAUGGUAAUCCAAAGCAUAUCGCUAUAGCGAGGAAACAUAGAUGAAACUUGGACAACUUGCCAUUCUUGAAAAACUUCGGCAUUGCAAUGGAGGCAAGUUCGCGGGGAAACGUCUAUGUAAAACAGAACGGACACUGGGUGAUCGCGUCCGGGGGAUAUGAUGCAGGGGGUGGAGUACUGGAUAGCGCCCGUGAGAGGGGAAGCGCCAUUGGGACUACAGAAAAUUACAAUGAAAGAAUGGUUUCUAUUCAGAUUGUCUUGGACAUGAAUAAAAUGCAACUUUUACCAUUGCCAUUUCUUCGAAAUAUACAAGGCACAGGACAACAGAGAAAAACCAAUGAAAGUGUGAGCAGUGCACUCGAGAAGUUGCAGUUUGAGGAGUAUGCUAACCAGUACAGACAAUUUAUGUACUGUUUGGAGUUUUACAGAUUACUGAUCAAACAUAAAUGCCACAGAAUCAGUGGAACGGUACAGAAGCAUGUCUGCAACAUGCUGGAGCAGAUGACAUCUACUGCUAUAUCGUUAGAACUCUUUGUUCCCUCACUGAAGCAGACUCUGAAAGAUGUGCAUGAUUGCCUGAGAGACAAGGAACAGGAGAUGAUUGGAAGCAAGGCCAUGAGGCGAAAGAACCAAGACAUGGUCAGCAACUGUCUCGUCCGCGUGUCAAACUUUCAGUAUACACAGAAAGAAGAAGAUGGAACACUCUCUCUGAUGGACUUGCCCAAAGAAUGUCUGAUCAACAUACUUAAGAAACUGGAAAAACCUCGGGACAUCAUCAAUGUGGCCUUGACCUGUUCCACCCUAGAGGUCAUUGCCAUGGAUACAGAAGUCUGGGAGUCCAUGUGUUUCUACCACUUCAAUGACAAAGAGAUCUGUGACUAUGUAGGCAAUAUGGAGCUCUAUAGUGUCAACUGGGUUGAGGUCUUCAAAUUUUGUCUCAAGAAAUCCAAAGUUCUGAAGACCUGUUAUGGAGAUGAGCUGGUUGUCUGUAACAACUGCAGAGGGGUGUGCUGGAGGAGAGUUGGCCAUGACUGUAUUAGCAAUGAGGUGGUGCCAUCAUUCACCGCCCUGUCCCCUGCAGAUUUCUUGAAUCUGCUCAAUCUGUGACCCCCCCCCCCCCCUCCCUCUCUCUGGCCAUGACAGAACAUUUCAGGGAGACAACUUUGCCAAUGAACAUCCACUGUGACAGAGAAAUCUUUGUUAACACACGUUUUUUUGUUGUUAAGCACACAUACAUAUGUAUAAUAUAAUUGUAUGUUUUGUACAUGCAAUAUGCAUGUUAAUAAUUUGCAGUGUACAGCAAACACAUUUGUUUAAGUUUCGUUUGAUAAGAAAUGGAAUGGCAUUUUAAUAUGGACUUCAAAGACCAUUAUCAGGUCUGUAAUUGACAUUUUAGGUCCUUUAAAGUAAUACAGAUUUACACCAUCUUUUACUAAACAUUAGGAAAACAACUCAUGGUAAUUUCCAAAUUUGAUAUUGUCCCUCCACAGCUGAAAUCCUUAAAUGAAGGUCACAUUUCUUAAAUCUUUUUAAUAGUAUAGACUUGCUAAAACUGCAGCAAUAUUUUUAUGUUUAUAUAUUUGAUAUAUGUACUAGUUAGUACUUAGGACGUUCAUAUUUUUUCUUCAAUGAUAAGGGAAAAAAAUGUGUAAAUGGAUUUCAAUAAGAGUCCGAGAUGAAGAAAUAUAGUCUGGAAUUAAUUAGUAUAUUGUAUCGAAGGAACAGUCUCACAGUGGGGACAAAAUCAUUCAAUAUGCGUAUGAUUUACAUGUAAUUGUUUAUAAAACAUUUUCAAGGUUGUCAUCAGCAUUUGAUAAAGUAUUUAGAGAGUAUUUAGUACAGACCGUUAAUAGGGUCAAAAUGGCAUUUUCUAAUUUAUGUAGAAAUGAUCUCACUUCAGUUUCUUUGUUUGCUUAUCAUAUAUACAGGGUUCCAUGCUCAAAACCAAGGACUAUAGAUAGAUAUGAGCAUUGAUUAUUUUUAAUGUUGAUUGACAUUUUUCUUUGAAUGAUUAAGUAGUCCCAACCUUGGCAAUCAAAAUACAAAAUUGAAAUAUAUUUUUUUUUUAAUUUGAAAAGGUGGAUUGAAGUAUUUACAUAUCAAUUAUACAUAUUGUAACUUACAUAUCAUGCUGUUUUUCCUUUUUUUGUUCUUUGAACAUUAUUUGUUAUUAAGAUUUUUCACAUUUUAUAGGAUCAACACCAAAAGUACGAGUACUUAAAAUACUGAACUGCUUGAUAUCAUUUGAUUAAAUAAAAAAAUAACCAUGUUUCAUGGUAUAUUUAUAUACAAGGUUAUGAAAAAAAUCAGAUGCGGUAGCUUUUGAUUUAUUUGUUUUUAAAUUGUUUGUUAUUUUUUCUGUUUGUUUUUGGGCAUA